GUGUCUGAGUCCAAAAUGAAGCAACAACUGCUCAUGUAUCACGAUAAGCGCUUUCAGCUCGAACCAUAUUUUCCUCUCGUCGCCUUUAAUCAUGAACAAAUUAAAAAUGCGACCACAGCUGGAUACCUGUUGAUCAAAAAAACAAAAUUUUCAUGA